GCGUACAGUGUAGAGUGUCUGUUACUGCCUAUUGAAUUUCCUCACACUGGAGCGCUCUCUGGGAGCUCGCUCGAACAUACCCUCCCUACACUGCUCCUAAUAUGCUCAGGGCGCCCUCGCACUGGCAGGAAUCUUUUCGCCGACAGCUACGGUUUUGCUACGCGAAAUUAAUGAGGAUUGGCUGCGGAAUGCAGCUUUCACUUUAAAAAAACAGUGAAGGGGAAGCCUUCAAGACCCGGGCCGGAGCAGCUGAAUAUGCCCCGCAGUCCCACCUCCAGUGAGGAUGAGAUGGCCCAGAGCUUCUCUGACUGCUCUGUGGAGUCCGGGUCUGACAGCAUCAAGGAGGAGACCGUCUACCAGGCCAUAAGGGCCACGACCCAGCGCCCACUCAGCGGCAUGGAGGAGCUGCCCAGCGCCCUGCUCAUACGCCUGCUCAUCCCCGACCUUCAGCAGACCAAAUGUAUGCGGUUUAACCCCGAUGCCACCGUGUGGGUUGCCAAGCAACGGAUUCUGUGCACACUGAACCAGAGUCUCAAAGACGUACUGAAUUACGGCCUCUUCCAGCCGCCCAGCAACGGCCGCGAUGGCAAGUUCCUGGACGAGGAGAGGACCCUCAGGGAGUACCCCCAGCCAAUUGGCAAAGGGGUUCCGUCACUAGAGUUUCGCUACAAGAGCAGACUUUACAAGCAGCCAAACCUGGAUGAGAAACAGAUUGCCAAACUUCACACAAAGGCUAAUUUGAGGAAGUUCAUGGAUUAUGUCCAGCACCACCAGCAAGAGAAAAUCUCCAAGAUGCUGGAGAGAGGCCUGGACCCUAACUAUCAUGACCCAGAAACUGGUGAAACCCCUCUCACCUUUGCUGCUCACCUGGACAACGUGGUGGAGCUCAUCAAGACUCUGAAGAAUGGCGGGGCACACCUGGACUUCCGAGCAAAGGAUGGGAUGACUGCCAUGCACAAGGCAGCCAGGUCCAAGAACCAAGCAGCAGUGAUGACCCUGCUGGAGCUGGGCGCCUCCCCGGACUACAAGGACAGCCGUGGGCUGACGGCUCUGUACCACACGGCCACGGUGGGCGGAGACCCGCUCUGCUGCGAACUCCUGCUGCAUGAACACGCUGCCGUCUGCUGCCAGGAUGAGAAUGGCUGGCACGAGAUACACCAGGCCUGUAGGUACGGACACGUCCAGCACCUGGAGCAUCUCCUGUUCUACGGAGCAGACAUGAGCGCACAGAACGCCUCAGGGAACACUGCACUGCACAUCUGUGCGCUAUAUAACCAGGAUCACUGUGCCAAAGUCCUGCUGGUCCGUGGUGCCAACAAGGAGGUGAAGAACUACAACAACCAGAGUCCUUUCCAGGUGGCCAUCAUAGCAGGGAACUUUGAACUGGCUGAGUUAAUUAAGAACCACAAGGAGACUGAUAUAGUGCCUUUUCGGGAGGCUCCGGCGUACUCUGCCCGGCGGCGGGCCCCAAACUCACUCACGGCCCCCCGGGUGCUGCUGCGCUCCAAUAGUGACAACAGCCUGAACGCCAAUAACCUGCCGCUGGAUUGGUCCCUGUCAGGUGCCAGCCCCGCCCAGCCCGGUCUCUCCACCCACCUGUCCCAGCAGGUGCAGCACAGCUCCAAUGGGACCGUGAAGACCAUGGGGAGGGGCUCCCGCAACCCCCGGCCCCCUCGCAGCCGAUCGCCCUCCCUGGGCCGUCUGGGGGAGGAGGCCCGGCGAAAACCCCCCCAGCGUCACGUCAGGUCAGUCUCCCUUCACCGAUCGCCCUCCCAGCGUCACGUCAGCCCUGCCCCGGGGCCCAAACGCAAGCUGUACAGCGCUGUGCCUGGGAGGAACUUUGUGGUGGUCCGGUCCUACCAACCGCAAGGGGAGGGAGAGAUCACCCUGUACAAGAACGAUAGAGUUAAAGUUUUGAGUAUCGGAGAAGGGGGAUUCUGGGAAGGCUGCACUCGGGGGCAUGUGGGCUGGUUUCCGGCCGACUGCGUGGAAGAGAUCCCGGGCAAACCCAACGAGGACAGGCCACAAACCAGAGCGGACAGAUCGGACAGGAGGAAACUCUUCCGAAACUACACCGUGGGGUCCUAUGACAGCUUUGAUGCUUCCAGUGACUGCGUUAUUGACGAGAAGACAGUGGUUCUGCAGAAGCGGGACAAUGAGGGAUUCGGGUUUGUGCUGCGAGGUGCCAAAGCUGACACGCCCAUCGAGGAGUUCACGCCCACCCCGGCGUUCCCCGCCCUGCAGUACCUGGAGUCCGUGGACGAAGGGGGAGUGGCCUGGCAGGCGGGGCUCAGGACUGGAGACUUCCUCAUUGAGGUGAACCAGGACAAUGUGGUGAAAGUGGGCCACAGACAGGUGGUGAACAUGAUCCGGCACGGGGGAAACCAUCUGGCCAUCAAAGUGGUGACAGUCAGCAGGAAUAUGGACCCAGAGGACACCGCCCGUAAAAAAGCCCCUCCGCCUCCAAAGCGGGCCCCCACCACCGCACUGUCCAUGCGCUCCAAGUCUAUGACAUCAGAGCUGGAGGAGCUGGAAUUACAGAUUGUUCUUUCUUAUUCCCUAGCCACUUUGAGGAAAAAGAAGGGUGAUGGUCUGAAGAAGAGGAUUGUUUUUCAAGUCACACUAAAUAAGGUGGAUGAGGCCACGCCUUCCCAGAAGCCCCCGCGGGACAGCGUGACGGCGGACAUGAGGGUGGCCACCAUCAAGCCUCGGCCCUCCAGCAGGUGCCUGGGCACGUCCACGGAGACAAACUCCCUGUAUGAGCGCCAGGGCGUUGCCGUGGUAACUCCCACAGUGCCAGGGACCCCCGCCGGGGGCUCCUAUCUGGGCGUGCCAAAGGGGACCAUGAGGAGGCAGAAGUCAAUCGGAAUAACUGAAGAAGAAAAGCAGUUCCUGACCCCUCCACUGCUGAAGUUCACCAGGAGCCUCUCUGUGCCCGACACGUCUGACGGCAUCCCACCUCCUCCUGGCACCUGCCCUCCGGCCCCCCCUGCGACCGGAGGGGGCAACGCCACCAUCCGGCCCAGCUUCACCCCUAACUCCACAGCUAAGGGCACUGGCCCCCUGCCCCGGGGCGACCCCAGUAUGGGUACCAUGCGGAGGGACAAGGGCAUGUACUACCGCCAGAGCUCCGAGCACUUUGAGUCCGUGGACCCUCACAAAGCCAACGCCUUCCGCGGCCGCAGGGCCCACGUGCCUGACAACCCCUACUCGGAGGUGCAGAAGGCGGGCGGCAGGGCACUGUACGUGCCCGCCAAGCCGGCCAGGAGGAAGGGCAUGCUGGUGAAGCAGCCCAACGUGGAGGACAGCCCGGAGAAGACCUGCUCCAUCCCCAUCCCCACCAUCAUCGUCAAGGAGCCCUCCACCAGCAGCAGCGGGAAGAGCAGUCAGGGCAGCAGCAUGGAGAUCGAGAGCUCCAUCUCAGACCACCCGGGCCAGCUGCGGCCCGACGGCACCCACAGCAACCCCUUCACCGCCGCCAUCGCAGGGGCCGUGCGAGACCGGGAGAAGCGGCUGGAGGCUCGCCGCAACUCCCAGGCCUUCAUCUCCACCGACCUGGGAGACGAGGACGUGGGGCUCCUGCCCGCCCCCGUCCCCCGUCUCCGCCACUCCAAAUCCAUCGACGAGGGCAUGUUCGGGAACGAUGAGCGUCUGCGCAAGCUCAUGGCCCCGCCGUCCUCGCUCGUGGCCAUACCCCAGGGAGAGGCCAGUGGCAAUGUGACAGACUUCAGCUCACCCGAGCCUACGCUGGUGAGAGAGCCACUGAGCACCCGCACUGGCAACAGCCCCCACCUGGACAGCCCCAUCAGCCUGCCUGUGACCAUGGAUGACGUCUACAGCAGCCCCAAUGGGGGUGCCUUUAUGCACCCGGCGACAGGGAAAGCGCUAGAGUCCAGCUCCCCGCUGGCCCUGGCUCUGGCGGCCAGAGACCGCACCGUGAAGGAGCAGCAGCCCCCCCCCCCACAGCAGCCCAAGAAUGAUGCCACCAAGCCUGAUCUCAACAAGCCCCUGUUCAUCGACACCAAGCUGCGCCCGAACACAGCCACCGCCAGGGGCCGGCUCGGCAGGGGGGGGCUGCGGAGACAGAUGACGGAGGCCAAGUAUGAGACGAAUCUGGCAAAGGAUGAAUCCAAGAAGGCGGGGGACAAGAAGAACAUGUUGAUCGACAUUGUGGACACGUCGCUGCACAAGUCAGCCGGUCUGCUCAUGGUGCACACGGUUAGCGGGACCAAGCGCGAGGAGAACAGCCCAUUGGAGGGGGAGAGAGAGAAGGCCAUCGCCAAGGGCCCAGACAGCACCCUGUCCGAACUGCGGGACUCCAACCAGCCAGCCACCUCUGCCAACAAACCUCAGACCGCGAACUCACACGAUCCCUCUGUCGCUGCCUCGCACGGCAAGGCCUUUAUCUCUGUCAGCUCGGUGGACGAGCCCUUCCAAAAGCUGCCCUUCCGCAUCCCCCCACCGCCACUGGCCUCUGUCGACAUCGAUGAGGAUUUUGUGUUCACCGAGCCUCUGCCACCCCCACUGGAGUUCGCCAACAGCUUCGACAUCCCAGAGGACCAAGCCGCAGCCUUCCUCGAGCUGCUCAAGCAGCAGAAAAACGCUACGGGGGCCUCCACCCUGGCACCCUACCACCACCCUCACCAGGGACUGGUGGCUAUGGAUGUGCGGAAGCCGCCAGCGGGUCUGUCAAACUGCGUGCCCCCCGAGAGCUUUGAGCCUAUCAAUGAUUCAGGCAUCGAGGAGGCAGACAGCCGGAGCAGCGGUGACCCCCACCUGGAGACGACCAGCACCGUCUCCACUGUGUCCAGCAUCUCCACCCUGUCCUCGGAAGGUGGCGAGAGCCUGGACACAUGCACUGUCUAUGCCGACGGGCUGGCGUUUCUCACUGACCGACCCCCGGUCCCACCCAAGCCAAAAAUAAAGCCUGUCAUCAACAAAAGCAAUGCACUUUACAAGGACGCUCUGAUUGAGGAGGCCCUGGAAACCUUCGGGUUGCCUCCUGCCCCCGCCCUCCCGCUUACCCCAGGUGGCGGUGCCCCCCCUUUGGACCCUCCCAAAACACCCACACAAAGGACCUCAAAGCUCUGGGGUGACCCUCCGGAGCCUAAGAGCCCACCUCUGCCCAACCCAAAAACCAACAUCAUGAGUGAACUCAACUCCAUCCUGCUGCAGAUGAACAGGGAAAGAGCACCCAAGUCUGGGGAGGCGCUGGACUCUCCCACUGGACCCAGGGUCAACCCUGGAGCAAGGGCUCUGGAGGGCACAGCCUCAGGUACACAUCGGAACAGCACAGUCCCCUUCUCCCCCCGGCCUGGCCCCCUCCAGUCGGACAGCCUGUCCUCCAGCCAGCCCUGCACCCCCGGCCCCCUCACCUCCCCCCCGACCCCGGGCCCCAUCCCCUCCCCCUCCCCCAGCCGCUGCUCAUCCCUGCCCUCGCCCUCGCCCUCACCCACCCUGACAGACGUGUUCGGCCUGCCCACGCCGCCCCUGUGCUCCGACCCCUUCAGCCUCCCCACGCCCCCCCUGUGCUCCCCCUCCCCCCUCUCCCUCAGCCAGGCCGCCUCCAAGCCCUUCGCCGGGAAGCCCGUCCCGCUGUGGAGCACGCAGGACGUGGCUGACUGGCUGGACAGCCUGCACCUGGGCGAGCACAAGGCCGCCUUCCUGGAGAACGAGAUCGAGGGAGCGCACCUGCCCAGCCUGCAGAAGGAGGACCUGAUCGACCUGGGAGUGACUCGAGUGGGCCACAGGAUGAACAUCGAGAGGGCUCUGAAAAUGCUCAUGGACAGAUAAGGGAGGCUGCCCUUCCUCCGACCGGACCGACGGCUCCUUCUCCAAUCCCACUGCCCAGAGCGAAAUGUGUCCUCACUACGCCCUGGUGCAGAGUAUCCUGUGGAACUGCCGUUCUGAAAUAAGACUGCGGUUCUUUAAGCACAAUCACGCCCAAGAUGGGCGCCCACUGGGACUGGAAAGACCCCCGCCUUUUAUGUGACACCCGUGCACGAGACAAAUCACUUUGGAAUAUGACUUUUUGGAAUCUGUCUCAUUUGGAAACACCCAAAAAAAAAUAACCAGCAGAGCUGGCUGUUCAUUUUCUAUCUUUGCUAGAAUUUCUUUAGAGAAUAUUUCUUCAGAAAAAAAGGGGUAAUUUGUCAGUGCAUCAGCUGUCAACAAAAAAUAAUGUGUUGCUCCUCACCUAUUUGUCUGGAAAGAACAUGAAGCUGACAUCACUUCCCUCUUUCCACACACAGAGAAUCCCAGAAUCGGUGUUUCUACUUGAAAAAGAAAAUCACCUCUUAAUAUUUAUUUGCACCUCUUUUACAUCAGUAGGGGCACAAUUGUAGCAAACCGUUCUGUUGAGUUUUUCAUUGGCUUUCCUGUUCAUUCUUGGCUCAUGGUACAUUUUAUAGAUUUCCUUUUAAACUUCAGUAUAUCUAUUUCAGUUGUCCAAAAGAUGUAAAAUCUAUAUUAGUCAUUGCUGUCUUCCACAUGAGUGCAGGUGACCCCUCCCUUUUCACGACUGAUUGUUUCCACCUUAAAAUUCCUGAAAAAGUGCCAGAUGAGAAAUGCCAGAAUCAUUUAUUGACCCGCCUCCUCAACUUAAAUCUGAUUCUUAAAUUGCAAAACUUAUAAUCGGCUGACACAGGUUCCCACCUCUUAGAAAUAAAACAGCAUUUGCUUUGUCAUUCCAAAUUUCAGCCCAGUGUGUACACAUACAAAUGUGUUCAAGGGUGAAGGCAAAGACUCAUGAGCACUUCAAAGCUGGAACAUGAAACUUGGUACGUACAGUGGGCUCCAGAAUUAUUGGCACCCUUGAUAAAAAUGAAGAAAAAAGACUAUAUUUAGCCUACAAGAUAAUAUCUAUAUGUUAUGUUCAACAUAUAUGACAGCUAUGUACUUUUAUUUCAAUACAUUUAUUUUCAUGCUUCAAUGUUUCUUAAGUAAUUUUAGUUUUCUGAAAACCAUAGGCACCAAAAUUAUUGGCACCCCUUGUUUAAUACAUUGUGCAAACACCUCUGGCAAUCAAUAUUUUCCUAGAAUUAGUGAUAAGUUUAGAGAACACAUUUUGAGGGAUUUUUGUGGCCAUUCCUCCAUGCAGAACUUUUCAGAAUCAUUGACAUCCCCGGGUUUGCGUUUAUGGGCCCCCACAGGUUAAGACCACAGGUUUAUGAUGGGGAUUAAGUCUGGAGACUGAGAUGGCCACUGCAGAACAUUACAUUAUAGUAAUUUAGCGGACUCUCUUAUCCAGAGCAACGUACAAUAAAGAACAUGGAUGUUGAUUGCACUUUCACUUUUCUGUGUGGACUUUGAUGUUUGGAGUCAUUGUCCUGCUGGACAAUCCAAAUAAGACGAAAGUCUCAGCUUCCUAACAACCAGAUUUUCUGCCAAAAUGUCCUGGCACUUUGUUGAAUUUAUUGUGCCAUUGAUGUGAAAUAAUGCCCCUGGCCACUGGCAGCAAAACAUCUCCAAAACAUCAAUGACCCUCCUCCAUAUUUGGCAAUAGGUAUGAGGUGCUUGACCUUUUAUGCAUUCCUCCUUUGCCGCCAAACAUGUUGAUGAUGUGGUCCCACCUGACCAUAGCACUUUCUUCCAAUUCAUAAUUCCAAUGAGGUACUCCAGAUACUCCAAUGAGGUACUCCAGAUGCUUGGCUUUGCUAAUUGUGUGAAGUAAGGGCUGUCUUCAUGCCACCCUUCCAAAGAGUUUGUUGGUAUAGAAGUGCCAUUUUAUGGUUCUUGUUGAGACUUGGGGACCCCAAGAUCUCUGCUAUUCUUAAACUGUGAUCCUUCAGUAAUUCAUGGCCUCCUCACCAUGAGGACACCUGCCGUAGGGAGCGUCCUCUUCCUGGCAAGUUUGGAACCAUUCCGUAUAUUUUAUGCCUUUUUACUAUUGCCCUUACAGUGCUAAACUGUAUGUAUAUUUGUACCCAUUACCAGACUUGUGACAGUCAAUUACCUGUCUCUUUUGAAUUGACAGUUCUUUGGCUUUUCCCAUGCUGAUGGAUAACAAAGGGAUUUUGCAUGCUUGUUACCUCAUUUUUAUACUCUACUGAAAGACGAAGUGAUAGAAUGACACAAUAUACUUCCUUUAAACUGAGAUUAACCAAAUUAUAUUGCUACUUUUCAAUUUGUUUGAUAUGUAAUUCAGCAAUUGUUAGGGGUACGAAUAAUUUUGGCUCCUGUGGUUUUCAGAAAAUAAUAGAUUACUUCCUAAAAAAACACUGAAAAUGAGAGUUAAUGUAUUGAAAUAAAAGUAUAUAGUUUUUCAAUAUGUUUGAUUAUAGCAUACACACUCACUGAGCAAUUUAUUAGGUAUGUAUCAGCUUUGACCAGUCCGGCCCUUCUCCUCUGAUGUCUCAUUAAUGAGGCGUUUCUGCCUGCGGAACUGCUGCUCACUGGAUUGUGAGUUUUUUGUUUUUCGCACAAUUCUCUGCAAACUUUAAAAAUUCUUGUGCAUGCACCAACAUGCGCCAACAAUCAUUCCAUGGCCAGUCUCUAGGAUCACAUUUCUUUUCCAUUCUGACACCUGAUCUGAAAAACAGCUGAACCUCUUGACCACAUCUGCAUACAUUUAUGCAUUUAGUUGCUGCCACAUGAUUGGCUGAUUCAAUAUUUGCAUUAACAAGCUGGUGUACAGGUAUACCUCAUAAAGUGCUCACUGAGUAUAUAUUAUUAUCUUUGUUUUUGUAUUAGGUAGCCUUUUUUUUCCAUUUUUAUUAAGGGUGCCAAUAACUUGGGAGCCUACUGUAGAUGGAAGGGAACUUGGUACUUUCUGAACUGCGAGUGAUUUAGACAAAGAGAACCCAUACCAACACUGUGCUCUGCAACUACAGCUGUACUGUUCAGUUUGAACUAUACAGGGAGUCAAUGCAAGCUGUACUCUAUACAGUACACAUAUACAUGCACAGUGUGCUGCUCCUUAAACAUACACAAAUACAUAAUGUGUAUCCAUAUACUGAACACCAUCAAUAAGGACAUGUAUCACCAUUUAGUUAUUCAUUCAGUACUUCAAAUCAAUCAGUACUAAUUCAGUAUUAACUGUCUCUCGGGUAGGUGUCCACCAUUAGUAUUUUGGAACGGUAAACUGAAAACAUCUGGCUUAUUGUUCCUGGGGGAUAAAAAUAGACGUUAUACAGGAAGUAGCUGAGCCAGCCACCACAUGUUCUCAGAGUUAAUAAAAGGACUACUAUACACUGCUCUAAAGCAGGACUCAAAAAUACCAACAAGGUUCACAGUGGGCAAAGACAAAGCUGCACUUCGGGCAGAUGACAGCACUGCUUUCUAGUGCUGUGCUAAUGCUAAAUAUGUGGUGUCACCUGAUUGACUCAUGUCAACAACCUCCUUUUCCAGUGAAAGAGCUGAUUUACUUAUUUAGAUCCAGAAACGGGGGUUAUAGAUCGAAGAUUGGCAUUGCACUCACCUGUAUUUUUGUCUUUUAUUAUUAUAUAUAAAUUUCGAUAGAACCGAUUCUGUGUUUGGUAAACGAGUAUUCCCAGGUCAUUUAAAAAUCAAAAAGUUUUAAUAGAAAAUGAACCGAUCACACUAGUUUUGAUAGUAGUGGCCAGAAAUGACCACCCUUCAAUUAAGACGUCCUUUUCCAGCUUGUGUAGGAAAUGGUUUAACUAAAAGUGGGGGGGGGAUUUUUUUGUGUUUAUCAUUUUAAAUGUGUAUACUGCAGUGGUUCAAAGACAGUUUUACAAUUACAGUGAGCUCCCUAAUGUUUAGGACAAAUACAUUUUCUUCUGAUUUGGCUCUGUAUUCCACAAUUUUAGAUCUGCAAUCAAGCAGUGCAGAUCUGCUUAAAGUGCAGAAUUUUAGCUUUUAUCAAAGGUCACCAUCAUUUUUUGGAAAAAGGGCUUCACAUAUAUUUCUUGACUACUAUUGGUGUGCUCAAUUGUUUCCUUAGUACAGGUAUAAGAGAGAUUUAUAUCUAGUCUUGAUUUUAGGUUUUUGAUUGCCUUUGGAGUCAGAACUACAGUGGCUACACUGCAAGACUUGUCUUCAUUGAUAAUGUAACUGUUGAUAACAGAAUUAAAUCAGAAGUGUAGAAGUGAAACAUCCUAUCUUAUGUCAAGUUCAACCAAAUGUUUGGUCCUCAUGUUUACAAGCGCCAAUAAUAGACUCCAAAGGCAAAGACUAGAAUCACGACUAAAUAUUGAAUGCUCUCUUACACCUGUACAAUGACACCGAUUGAACACACCUGACAAAUCAGAAACAGUUGUGAAGCCAUUUGUCCCAAAUAUUAUGGUGCCCUAAAAUUAAGGGAUUUAUAUAACAAAAUUAAAAUAAAUGUGCUGUAAUUCCGACAUGGUGACACCAAUAUGCAUAAAAAUAAUAUUUAAUAAAAAGAUGAACAUCUGUACUUAAACCACAUGUGAAUUGUUUUAUUACAAAUAUAAAAUUGUGGGUUAGAGACUCAAAUCUAAAAAUAAAUGUCUGUGUCCAAAGAUUUGUGUAGCUCACUGUAUAUAUAUACAUAUAUAUAUAUAUAUAUUCCUACAGAAUCUAUUUCAAAAUACAUUUAAUAAAACUACUGCUUCUAUAAAUAUUGCGGCUAGACUCUUGAGCACAAUAAAACAGUCCAAAAACUGGUGUUGUUAUUUUCCAUCUCUGGUAUAUGAAAAAGAUAUCUGUAAGGAAGACUGAAUAGACUCCCGGCUUCAUGAGCAGCCCCAUGUCAAUCAUUUCAUGACAUUGUGUUCUCCCUUUGUCACGAAAUCCAGUGACCAGCGAGUGAAUGGUUUCCCAGAACAUAAAUGGAUGCAGGCCUUCAAGAAUAUGUAUAGGGAGUUAAGCUGCUAAUUCCAGUAGUGUAUAAAUAGAUAAAUGGAUCUUAUUUUAAAACAGAGCUUCAGGAAAAAAAGCACAGUAUUUUUAAGAUUUAUAGAGAAUUAUAUGACAUUUUAUAAAGGUAUUUGGAUAGAAAUUUAACUAACCAGUUCUGAAAUAUGAGAUGAGGUACCAGUUAAGAAGCAAUAUUUAAACUAACUGGGCCUCUUUGGAAUUUACAUUCUCUCACAUACCACAAAUCCAAAAUCCUUUUCAACAAAGAGGAAAAGACCUUGAUUAAACCAACCCAUAAUAAUUAGUACAGAAUUGACCUUCUGCCACAGUACUAGUCACCUGCCUUUGUUGCAAAUUAAAAGGAAAUGCCAGUUGCUUAGUAUCUGUAUAAUGUGUGUAAAUCACCAAGAUUUCACAAACUGUACAUGUAUAUAUAACCUCUCAGGCCUCUUUAUAGCAAAUAGUCUGAGAAUGAUUUUAUGCUAACUUACAUAUUUAAAUCAAAUACUAUAUGUGAUUGUUGACAAAUUGAUUUUAUGGAAUUACAUAUCAUUUGGCUAAUUUGCUUGUGGAAAUAACGUUAGAUCUAAAUAGUGGAGUCUCAAGUCAAAGAAGUUGAAACCAGUACUAUGUGGAUCUGGCUAAUAAGCCAAUUACAGUUAUACAGCCACAAUAAUUCCCAGCUCAAAUAGAUUUCCUUUUAGAGAUCAGCAUCAGUUUGGUUUCUUCUUUCUUUCUUUUUUAAAUUCUACAUGUAGGAUUUUUCUCGCUCUUCUACGUGUAAAAACUUGUGUUCAUAUUAUCUAUGUUGCUGUAAUUUUGUGCUACAGAGUCCUCUUAUUUAGAGUUAAUUAUUGACAUUAACAAAAUCCAAGAUCCUGUAUCUGCACUUUUCCCCAAAAAUCUUCAAUACUCUUGGAUGGCAACCAAAAUUUACUGUAAGAAAUAAAUAUCUUGCACUAC